GGCGCUCCGGAUCCCAAGGUCUCCCCAUCCACACAGCCCUCUACAAGCAACCCCGGGAGGCCCCAGGGGCGUGGCCACUCAGACGAGAAAGGCUUCCCCGGCUCGUACCGAAAUCUUCACCGUUUGUCCUCCGGGUCCUGGAGCCCUGCUGGCAGAAGGGGAGCGAGUGGGAGUCUCCACAGCCCCGCCGCCCUCGCGCAGUAUGAAAACCCUGAAGAAGCAGCGGCUAGAAGUACUCAGUGCCUACUGCUACCUGCUCACUUUCCUCUUCACGGGGCCCUUCUGUUCCCUUCUCCUGCUCUUCCUCCUCUUCACGUCGCUCCGGUAUUUCUCUGUUCUCUACUUGGUACGGUUCUUCCUGGACCGAGACACACCUGCCCAAGGCGGAAGGCGUUCUGAGUGGAUGAGGAACUGGACUGUUUGGAAGCACCUAAGGGAUUAUUUUCCCAUAAAACUGGUGAAAACAGUAGAGCUGCCCCCUGACCGGAACUACCUGCUGGUCGCUCACCCACAUGGGAUCAUGGCCAUGGGAAUCCUCUGUAACUUCUCCACUGAGAGCUCCGGCUUCUCCCAGCAGUUCCCCAGGCUCCAGCCCUUGACGGCCAUGCUGAAUGGCCUCUUCCAUAUCCCAGCCUACCGAGACUACCUUCUGUCCUUUGGAGGAUGUUCCGUGAACCGCCAGAGCCUGGAUUUUACUCUGCCGCAGCCUCAGGUCGGGCAGGCUGUGGUCGUCCUGGAGGGGGCCCACGAGUCCCUGUAAGCCAUCCCAGGGGAGCACUGCCUCACUGUCCAGAAUCGGAAAGGCUUUGUCUGCCUGGCACUGAGGCACGGUGCUUCUCUGGUGCCCAUGUAAUCCUUUGGGGAGAAUGAUAUCUUCAGAGUUAAGGCUUUUGCCCCAGACUCGUGGCAGCAUCUGUGCUAGAAGAUGCUGGGCUUCAAGAAGCUCCUGGGCUUUUCUCCUUGCCUCUUCUGGGGCUGUGGUCUCUUCUCAGCCAACUCCUGGGGCCUGGUGCCCUUCUCCAGGCCCAUGACCACUGCGGUGGGCUGCCCCGUCCCAGUGUCCCAGUGUCUCCGGCCCACCGAGGAGCAGGUUGACCACUCUCACAUGCUCUACAUGAAGGCUCUGGAGCAACUGUUUGAUGAGAACAAGGAAAGCUGUGGUGUCCCAGCUUCCACUCGCCCCACCUUCAUCUAGCCCCAGCCCUAGCCCUCCUCCCGCACCCACCAGCCCCCCCAGCCCCUGAUCCCAGUGCCCUGAGACCCCCACCUACUGCCAUGCUACUGCGCCAAUAAAAGGUAGUUCUCUCGCACCACUACUUUGUAGAAUCGGACGCCUGCCAUCGGAUUCUCAGCUCCACGAGCAACUGACCGUGGCCUUAUCCAAGUCACUUAAGCUUUUAACAGCUUUAUCCUCCUUAUAACACGGGGCUACCUACUUCAGAGUUGCAGGGUUUCUAAUUUUUAUUGAAAUACAACACAGAG